UUUAAAGGCUUGAAAACUCAAAUUAGGGUUUUCUCUCUUCUCCUCUCACAUAGAGUUAGAGUUAGCUGCCGGCGCCUCAAGCUUUCGAUUCCACUCUCUGCUCUUCGCUUGUCGUCACAACAGAGAUCCUCUUCGCAACGCAAUCAUGGGGAAGACUCGUGGAAUGGGAGCUGGUCGCAAGCUGAAGUCCCACCGCAGGAGGCAGAGGUGGGCUGAUAAAUCCUACAAGAAAUCCAAUCUUGGAAACGAAUGGAAGAAGCCAUUUGCUGGAUCAUCUCAUGCUAAGGGCAUUGUUCUGGAGAAGAUUGGUAUUGAAGCCAAGCAGCCUAAUUCUGCUAUCAGAAAGUGUGCCAGAGUUCAGCUAAUCAAGAAUGGCAAGAAGAUUGCAGCUUUUGUGCCUAAUGAUGGUUGCUUGAACUACAUUGAGGAGAAUGUAAGCAACUUUAAACCCCACUUCUCUGUGUUUUAAUUGCGAAACCGGAUUCAUUUUUACACUAACUGCACUUUCCUUUGCUCAAAUUUCAGGAUGAGGUGCUUAUCGCUGGGUUCGGUAGGAAGGGUCAUGCUGUCGGAGAUAUCCCUGGUGUGAGGUUCAAGGUUGUCAAAGUGUCUGGUGUGUCUCUUUUGGCACUCUUCAAGGAGAAGAAGGAGAAACCAAGAUCUUAAUUUCAGACAACUCUGCAAAAUUUGCUCCUUCACUUCGAACCACUCGCUUGUAAGGUGUGAGUUUCUAGGGUGUAAUGUGUGUUGCUCAACUCUGCAGUUUAGUGAGGGGAAAAAACAUGGUUCGCCAGAAAUUCUCAGCCUAGUUUACUCUACUUAAAAACCAAGAUCUACAGACGGCCCCUGUAAUCACUUUGCACUUUGUUUUAUUUGCUCGUUGAAACCAACUGUUUUCCUCCUUCCUAUCGUAGUUGAUCCCAUCCUUUCUUCCUUUUAACUAUUGCAUAUUGAAAUUUCCAGAUGCCUGUUUUAUCUUAAUAGUUGAGGAUCGUUAUGCCUCUUGUGUGUCGGUCGGACGAGUUCCAACUUUCUACAUAGACUCUAAACAGAGAAAUUGCAGCC